AUGGCACCAUUGGGCGCCUUCGUCGUCCUGUGCAUGCGAUUUCUGGUGGCCGCCCCAGAAGUUCCUCAGGAGGCCAUUCGGAAGCUCACGGGCGAUUUGUCGCCCAACCUGUCUGCGGAAUUGCAAGAUCGAGUGGAGUCUGUGCUUAUUUAUCACUUCCGAAGCAAGCACUUCCUGGAUGUUCAAGCAUCGCUGCCUGGAGAGCUAGAUUGGUCCUCGCAGCCGUCCCCUUGGCGAAGCUACCACGGCGCCCAAAGAGUCCAGCUUCCGCACAGCCUUGCCCCGCUGGAGGCGGCCUCCAGCCCGGUGCCGCUUUCCCUUGCGAGCCUUGGAGCGUUUCUUCGCCUUGGCGCGGGCAUCUCCGCCUGGAAGAGCUAUGAUGGGCUGCAUAUGUGGGCUUUGCGCGUGAUGCCUUCUUCUGGCAACCUGCAGACGACUGAGUUUCACGUGGUGCUGCCGCCGCUCGAUGGGCUCGCAGCAGUAGCAGCGGUGAAGCACGGCAGCAAGAGCAGGGACGGCGACUUGUAUCACUUCCAGCCUGAGAUGCAUGCCUUGGAGUUCCGGCUGCCGGCGCCCAACGAGUUCGUGACUGCUGCGGAUGGAUCUGCGGGCUUCCUGGUGGCGCUGACCUCGCUGUGCAUCCGCGAAGCUUGGAAGUAUGGGGAGCGGGCGCUUCGCUCCUGCCACUUGAACCUCGGCCACGCCGUGGCAGCCCUGGAUGCAGCCUGCAACGUCUUCGGCUGGAGCUUAGAGGAAGGCCCGCCAGCACUCAAUGCCGACAGCAUCCUUAGGACAGUCCUCGGCCUGGGAGAGGUCGGGAGCAAAGACGAGCCGGGAGAGCGACCAGAGCUGGCGCUCUUCGUGCGUACCUCCGCGAGGGCUUCAGAUGUUGGCGUCUGGCCGGCCUACCUCACGACGGAGACCAUCGGGAAGUUGUACCGGCAAGCGCAUAUGGAAACUCAAGGCGUUCCAGCGCCCCUUCGGCCUCAGCGGCCCGCGGCGGCGCCAAGUUGGCCGGCCAUGGAUACUGCGCAAGAGGGUGCGGUCAUGGCCUUGGUUGAGGAGGCCGGGGAGCAAGAAGAGCCCACGACCCGGGCACUGGAGCACUCGGCGCUGAGGCAUCUUCUCGGAGACCCGCUGUUGGAAGCAAUCCUCAAUCGGAGGUCUGUGCUGAGGAUGUCGGAUGAGCAGCCCCCACUGCCUGAGGCAGACUUUCUCCGGAUUCUCCACGUGGCCUGCAGGGCCGUGCCGGAGCCACGCGCCGGGCAUCUGGCGGCUGGCACGGGAUCCGCGGUGAAUGUUCUACUCAUGCUCCACAAGGUGGAGAGCUUCCUGCAAGGGCUCUAUGUUCUGACUCGUGCCAGAGCUUCGGAGGAGGAGCUCUUCGCUUUCGUGAAGCAGACACCGGAGCGUGUGCAGCGCACGGAGAGUGGGAGUCCUCUGGAUCUGCCAGAAGGCUGCGCUCUGUGGGCUCUAGCCCGCCCAGUCGACGUGCGCCAUGCAGCGCAGAUCUCCGCGUGUGGGCAGGAGGUGGCGGGCGCCGGGAGCUUUGCCGCCGCAUUCUUCGGCGCUUUCACCGGGUGGCGCCAUCCGAGGAGAUACCUGGAGCUCCUCUGGCAUGCCGGGGCGCUGGGCCAUGUAUUCUACUUAGCCGCGGAGGCCGCAGGAUUCGGCGCCACAGGAAUGGGCUGCUUCAUGGACGAUAUGGCUCUGGCCCUGCUGCGCGACCCGUGGUCCAUGGAGGCAAAGGGGGCCAGUUCUUCACAAAGCUUCUCAGCAGAGGAAUCUCAGCUCCAGGUGCUCUACUUCGUGACCGUGGGCAAGGCGAGUUCUGACCCGCGGCUUCUGAGCUUUGACCCCUACCAGCAUCUACAGGAGGGCUUCUCCUACGAAGCCCUACAGGGUGGCAUGGGGCGAAUCUUCCAGACGACUUGA